UUUUUCGAUUCUCCCGUAGAGUUCUAUUAGUAUAUGUGCUUGUAUUAGCUGAUUUACAUUAAUUAUCCAACCCCUCCUUCUAACUCCUCCAAGUCUAUUUCCUCUGGUCCAAGAUAUCUUCCUGUCCAACUUCCUGUCCGAACAUCUACGGGGGUUAGUUCCGGUUAUUUUAAAAUUGAGGGAUAUCCAGGCUUAACUCUCUCUCUCUCACUCUGACACUCUCUCACUCUCACUUCCUCCUUCCACCCUCCGCUUUUUAAAAUGCCACAGAGCCCCUCAUUGAGGAUAGGUCAUUUUAUUUUUUAUUUAAUUACUACACGCAUAUCCUCCUUCAACUUGCCCUAUUCCUUAUAAUAAGCACCUUUUUUAAAAAAUUAUUUUCCCCCAAAUUUGUAAAGUAAUAAUGACUUGAACCUUUCUAUUGUUGCUUUCCUUUAUUAAAUUUACAAUUUUUAAGUCAAUCGCCCUCAUAUUAUUCAAUUAUAUAAUUACUUUUUCUUAUUUGUAACCCAACAUUUUUUCUCAUUUUUUAGUUCAUUCAAAAACCUAUUUUCCCAAAAAAAAAUUUUUUUUUAAUUUCCAAAAUCCGUGUUUUACCCUAAUUUUUUUUAUUUUUUCAGUUAACUGGGGACAGGAAAAAAGAAUGGCUGUCCCGCCCAUUCUUGGGUCCUCAUACCUCAGGAAAUUGUCCAAAAAUAUAGGUGGAAAGUUGAAGAGACUUUCAAGACCUUUAAUUAGUGGUGGAAUUGGCGACAAGAUGGAUAAAGGGAAUUUGUGGAUUGUGCCUGGUUUUACUAUUCUAAUUUUUGCUUGUUUAUGGACUACUAAAUUAUCAAAAGUUGCAUUAGAAGAAUCAACAUGUAGAGGAGCCUCAAUUUAUGACUUCACAGGAACACAACUAGAUCAAGAUGCGCAGAGGCAUUGUCAGACUGCGAGGAGGUAUUAUGUUGCACCAGAAGAACCUCUUUUGUAUGAUUAUAAAUGGAAAUUGGACAGACAAGUGAAAAAUCCGGAAUGGAUUUUGUGGUUCUGGGCUCCCAUCGUCUUUGUUAUGUAUGUAAUUACUCGGUUUGUCUGGUCACUUUUAUUGGACAAUCAAGGCAUAAACUUUCCCAACGUUGUAAACGCCGCUGAGAGUGUAACGGUAGAAAAUGACGGAAUUAUUGAAAUUGAUGAAGAAAAAUUGAAUGACAGGCUAAAUGUUAUUGCAGAAAAUUUUCGUUGUUCAACAUCCUCACGAGCUUUUUCGGCAUUUAUUGCCUUUGAAUUCACGUUGGUUUUGGCUCCCGUAUGUCUUCUACUGUUUGUUUUGCCUAUUAUGAUUGGACCUAAUUAUCGAAGUUGGGGGUUGGAUGUGAUCAAAGCUUGGUGGGAACGUAAAGACUGGCAAGGAGUUUCAUUACCCCCAGUUUUUGGCUUCCAGUCGCCUGAACUUGGCGGUCGUCCUGCUGUCCCCCUAAUUCCCAGAAUUACCUAUUGUGACUAUCAAUUUGUUUCUAUUGGCAAUUCUCAUACUCUUACUUAUCGUUGUUAUUUGGAUGCAAAUUGGCAUGAAAGGACUGCUCUGUUUAUUUGGAUAAUGCUUGUGUUUCUUACAAUAGUUAAUCUUCUCAAUCUCUUUUUUUGGAUAGAAUGGGCUGUUCGAAUGAAAUUUAAGAAGCCUAGAAGAAGAUGGGUUUUACGUAAAUGGUUAAAUACUGACGAAUUUUUGACGGACAACGAAUUGGUGUUAAUGAGAAAAUUUGCUAGUACCUUUCGAACUGGGAAUUUGUUGUUAUUUUAUUAUAUUGAAGCACAUAGCAGUAGAGUAGUUGCUAGUGCCUUUUGUAUCGCCUUGUUCAGACGUUGGUUAGAUAGAAGGGCAGCACAUUAUUCUAAUAAUCCGCAUCCUAGAGGUGACAGUCCAAAAGAACAAAUUGGAUGGAAACUCGAUCCAGAAGAAGGUGAUGGAUUGGCUCCAAGUCCUUCCGAGUAUUACUCACCAUUGGAGACCGGAGAAUCGCCAGAAAGUACAAUGCCUUUUAUUUCUCCCCAACACAGAUAUACCGACUCUUCUGAUAGUUCUACUAAUUCUAAGCCUCCUGAAAAAGGCAGCAAAUUCGCAACUUCCACCCCUUUUGCGCCGGGAGAAACCCCGCGAGGAAUUGGCACUGGCCGGCCCCAAUUUCCAAGGAGAGGAGGUCAUUAUUCAAAAAACUUACGGGAGGCCUCAAGGGAACCAUUAAAACCUGGAGGAAGUGGAGGCAAAGGAAAAAUCCCUCUAAUCAGCUCAAAAGAAAGGAGGAGGUUGGAAAAAGAAGCUAAGGAAAAGGAAAAGCGGCGAAAAGAACAACAAAAAGAAUUGGAACAACAGGAAGAAAAUAAUAAUGGGGAGAGGAGAGAAAAUAGGCGGUUUGGUUGUUUGGUUAUGUAAAAAUGUUUUUUUCCGGAAAACACAACUUUGUCUGCCUAUGUCUCUAAUCAGCAUUUUCUGAAAGUCUAACAACUUGCUUAAACCAAAAAAAAGAAAGAUAAGCUAAUUUUAUUUAACGCCUGAGGCAAUUAUUUAAAUAAUUAAUUUUAUCUACUAAACAUAUUAAGAACUCUAAUUUAUAUUUCUUUCUAUUUUUUAUAUUUAUUUUUAUAUUACACACUUACUAUUGUAAUGACGAAAUGGAAGGGUUUAUGUGUUUUUCCGGAAAAUACUUAAAGGCAGAGAAACAAGAUAUAAUCAGAAAAACACAAGUGGAAAAACACAUGUUUCCGGAAAACACACGUGGACAAACUAAAGAAUAUAGUUCUUUCCGGAAACAAAUUAAUCAGA